AUGGGCUUCUGGAAGUUCUCCCACUUCCUGGCUCUCAGCAUCUUGGUCCUGUACCAGGCCGGCAGCCUCCAGGCAGCGCCAUUCAGGUCUGCUUUGGAGAGUAGCCCAGACCCAGCCACACUCAGUGAAGAGGAAGCGCGCCUCCUGCUGGCUGCAUUGAUGCAGGACUAUGUGCAGAUGAAGGCCAGUGAGCUGGAGCUGGAGCAGGAGCUGGAGCAGGAGCAGGAGACAGAGGGCUCUAGCCUGGACAGCCCCAGAUCUAAGCGCUGCAGUAAUCUGAGUACCUGCAUGCUGGGCACAUAUACGCAGGACCUCAACAAGUUUCACACGUUCCCCCAAACUGCAAUUGGGGUUGGAGCACCUGGCAAGAAAAGGGAUAUGGAAAGCGACUUGGAGAGAGACCAUCAACGUCAUGUCAGCAUGCCCCAGGAUGCCAACUAA